AUGUUGGUGUUGUUGGUGUUUAGAGGCGAAGAGGUUGGUAGGAAUGUCGAAUGGGGCGAGCACUACAUCGAAGCUGGUUUGCAGUCUCGGUUGUCGGUUCAUUUGUCUCGCUUGCGGGGCGAAAGUUUCCCAUCCCUCCGAGGUCAAACAUUCCGAUUGCCCACAGCUCGAGGCCCGACGCGAAUGUCUUCGCGUUGCCAGGCGGAGGCAUCCAGACACCCUUCACUCUGUGAGGGUGUGCAAAAAUCCACCAAAAAGACGCCAGCUUGCGCAAACUGCGAGCAACACUCUGGCCGAUUGUGCACGCCUAACCCAGGCGUACAAACACACUCGCCAAUAAUGGGCCUAACCAGACAGGAUUGGUACUCACCACACCUUGCAGUCGGGUCAACACAUUCAAUCUGGACGCGACUGGCGACAAUCUGCCCAAAAGAUGCUGCCUCGGCGGAAUUUGGAGUAAAAGGGGACUGCAUUAAAAUGCAUAAAAAUGCAUAA